AUGGGCAAUCAGUACUGUUUGGCUGUGGGUUGUUAUCAUGCAAAGACUCAGUCAUUUGUUUGGCUGUUUCAAUCAUUGUUGCAUUGCAUGUUAGGUGUACCCCCACAAGGAAUCAUAACAGAUCAUUGCAAGGCCGUGCAGAAAGCAGUUGAAACUGUAUACCCCUCCACACGACACCGAUGGUGUUUAUCAAAUAUAAUGAAUAAACUUCCCCAACUAUUACAUGGAUAUCCUAAUUUUAAGUCCUUAAGAUAUCAUCUGCAGAAUGUUGUAUAUGACGCACCUACAACAGAUGAAUUUGAAGGGAAGUGGAAGAAGAUUGUGGAGGAUUUUAGCCUCACAGACAACAAAUUGUUGGAGGAGUUGUUCCUUGAGCGACAUCGCUGGGUUCCUUCCUUUGUAAGAGGUGGGUUUUGGGCUGGAAUGUCUGUUAAUCCACGUAGUGAAAGCAUGCAUGUAUUUUUUUAUGGAUAUUUAAAGCAAACAACUUUGAAGCAAUUUGUUGAUGAGUAUGAUAAUGCCUUGCAAUAUAAGACUGAGAAGGAGUACAUAGCUGACAUACAUUCAUCUUCUAACAGUCAGGCUCGUGUAACCAAAUCUCCACUUGAGAGGCAGUUUCAAUCUGCAUAUACUCAUGCCAAGUUUCUGGAGGUUCAACAUGAGUUUCUUGGAAAGGCAGAUUGUAACGUUUCUGUAACCUGUGACCAUGGUUCUAUUUGUCACUAUAGUGUCAUUGAAGAUGUGAUAAUAGGGGAAAAGCCUAACGAAUUCGUGGUUGAGGUCAUAUAUAACAGGGUAGAUUGGAAUGUAAAGUGCAAUUGCUGCUUGUUUGAGUUCACAGGCAUACUUUGUAGGCACUCUCUUGCUGUACUGUCACAAGAGAGAGUGAAGGAGGUCCCUUGUAAAUAUAUUUUGGAUAGAUGGAGGAAAAAUAUGCGGAGGAAGUAUGCUUAUAUCAAAACCAGUUAUGGUGUUCAGCAUUUUAAACCUCAUGUGGAGAGGCUUGAAAUGUUAUGCAAUCAAUUCAAUAGUAUUGCUGAGACCGCUUCUGAAUUCGAGGAUACAAGUUCGUUUGUAAAGGAUACCCUAUGUGACUUAAAGGAGAAACUUGAAACAUGGACAACCCUAUUGAGAAACUCAUCUCUGGCGGAUCUAGAGAAAUGCAACUAUAUGAUAGAUUGGAAAUGA